AUGAAGCGCGGCCGCAACAAGAAUAUCGUCCCCCAAGAUGGACAACAACCAGAUUUCGAGGGCUAUCAGCAGAAUAUGGCGGUGCUUCCUCUCCGAAUUACGCCACGUAAUAAUUCUCCACUUACUCCUCCCUCCUCGCCCGAGCACGAGGCAAGGCCUUCCAAACUUCGUCGACACGGCUCGAAGAUUAUGACUGUUCUGCGAUCCAUGACCAAUAACUCUUCUCAUGCAUCGAUCGAAGAAGAGGAUAUCCCAAUACCUCAGCCACCAGUGUCAUCGGGACUGGGGAAGAAGAUAUCAAUGGCUAUGCUGAAAGGCCAAGUCGAUCCUACCGUAGUUCAUCGCGCAAACCUCAAAACCAAUAGGCCAGUGGUUAUCUCCAUCGACAAAGAAGUGGUCGAUCCAGCUCAUAUUGAUAACGUUGCUGGAAGUUCCCCAAAUUCUCCAUCUACUUCAGCAGGAGAUUCUAUGAGCACGGGAAGGAAGUCAUCAGCACCUGGCCCGUCUACCGGCAAGACUUCUCUUGACUCGAAAUGGUCCUCAAAGCAUAAUAUUAUGUCCAAUUCGGCGCAAUCUUCAGAAAACAAGAAGAGUGUUGGGAAGCAUGCGAUAGGAGACAGUGGUGUCAAUGAGAACAUACUUUCUUCCAUUGCCGAAACAGAGUGUUACGCUACGGAGACUCCUACACCUACCAUCGUCACCGUUGAAAAAGCGGCUGCUGCGAAAAUAUUUUUGGAAUGCCACUACAACGAUGUGACAUGCUCAUUGAUGACAAGUCGUUCAAUUCGUCGCCGUCAGCUCGAGUGCGCUUUGUAUGAAGACACUAAUUCAUCAGAGGCAGAGAAGAACCACAAGCGUUUUGCUUUGGCGCAGAUGGAGACUGAUCAUUUGAGAGAGACUCGAGUGAUGAAGACUCUUGGUAUGAAAGCUCUGGCUGGGCAAGACGUGACUGCCUCAAAGUACGAAGUCGUCAAAGUACUUGGCAAAGGUAGCUUUGGUGUCGUGAGGCUGGUGAGAGAAAAGUCAGAGACAGACUCCCAAGCAGACCAGAAGAAGAAAGGAGCCAUUUAUGCUAUGAAGGUCAUCCGGAAAUCUGAUAUGCUUCGUAAUAGCCAAGAAGGCCAUUUACGUGCUGAACGCGACUUUCUUGUUUCUGCAGAAGGCUCGAGAUGGGUUGUACCACUCAUCGCAAGCUUUCAAGAUCUCAGUAGCCUGUACCUUGUUAUGGACUACAUGCCCGGAGGCGAUUUUCUAGGUCUUCUAAUUCGAGACAACAUUCUUUCAGAACCUGUCACUAAGUGGUACAUUGCUGAGAUGAUUUUAUGCAUCGAGGAAGCACACGCUCUACGCUGGAUACAUCGUGAUAUCAAACCAGAUAACUUCCUAAUCUCAGCUUCUGGGCACCUCAAGAUAUCAGACUUUGGUCUGGCUUUUGACGGCCAUUGGUCCCAUGAUCAGUCAUACUUCAACAAUCACAGGUAUUAUUUAAUGACAAAGCUGGGCAUCAAUGUCGAAGGAGACACUCUUGACCGGAAAGAAGCUCGCAAUGCGGCCACUGCUAUGAAGAUGGGUAAUGCCGUUACAAAUGGCAAAGAUCGCCACGAGAGAAAUUCAUCAGAGAUAUCCGAGUCAGGUGGCAUCCUCAACUGGCGUAAUCGCAACGGUAACAGAACUUUCGCUCGCUCAGUGGUUGGAACCAGCCAGUAUAUGGCACCUGAGGUAGUGAGAGGCGAGCUCUACGAUGCUCGUUGCGACUGGUGGAGCGUGGCGGUGAUUUUAUAUGAGUGUCUCUAUGGCCACACGCCGUUUCUCGCAGAAGAGGGUGGCAGGCAACAAACCAAAAUGAACAUUCUAAACCACAAGAAUACUUUCGCCUUUCCUAGUAAGCCGGUUGUCAGUAAGAGAUGUCACGAUCUUAUACGCAGUAUAAUCCAGGACAAGGACACUCGCAUGUGCUCAAGAAGAUACAAGCUGAAUGAUACCUCCCCAGCGGCGCAGAAUAACAGAGAUUAUGCUGGACGUUAUGUGUAUCCUCAUGAUGCAGAAGACAUCAAGGGACACAAAUGGUUUCGUGAUAUCCACUGGGAUCGUAUUCAUAUGAUGGUGCCACCGUUCGUUCCGAAUAUCAAGUCAAUGGAUGACACUCACUACUUUGACGAGGAGGAUCCUAUCUCGGAUUUCUCAGAUUCCGCUUCAAGGCCACAGGUGACAUCAGAUGAGAUCAGUGAGGCAUUGAAACGAUUCAACCGCGAGAUCCAGAUCUUAGCUCGAGGAUAUAUUGAGAGACCUCAUGAUUCGGCGAGGUUAAAGAAAGUGGAGAAAGAGAUUGAUAACUUUGUGAUGGCGGAGGAACAGAAGGACUAUCUGAAAGCUUUUGUUAAGCACUAUGGGCGAAAAGAAAAGAAGCGCCCACGAGACAAGCUACUCCGAGACAGAGAAACAGCACCAAAGGUCCUCGAACUGCGUAAACAAGGUGCUUUCCUUGGCUAUACGUAUCGACGUUUCCGUGGUGGUAGACCAAGCGUUGGAAGGGUCGGAGGUAUAUCUGCUGGCAACGCUGCGGGAAAGAAGGUUUGGUACAGAACUAGACUAAGCAUUCAUUGA